AUGACGUCGCCACAGCUAGCGAUAGCUAAAGUCUCAUUCUCCGCCGUCCUUCUACGCCCAGAUCCGACAUCAUGUUCCCGCAACGAGAUCGACGAGUUUCUUCAGCUACUCGACGCGACCAUCUCGCGAUGCUCUCCACCCAAUGUUCAGAAAUGCAAGCAAUGGAUAUUACAGAACCUGGUCCAGUCUUCUACCAGGAUCGCCGCCUUAGGGAAAUACCUGAUGGCUUUGUCUAAGUCCUACACCCUGGAUAUCGCCGUCAGCAGGCAAGCACGUGAACCAUCUACGAAACGAAAACGUCUCCAUAUCCUCUACAUUCUGAACGAUGUGCUAUACCAUGUCCACAUCCGGGAUCGCAACUCCGACGUCGCAGAUAAGUUAGAACCAGCAAUCCAAGACCUCGUUCGAACCGCCGCCGCCUUUCCAAACUGCCCCAAGCACUCCAAGAAAGUAACGGACCUCGUAGACCUCUGGAGUGAUAAACGACAUUUCCCAGAACCCUUCAUUCAGAAACUUCGAACCACCAUCAAGGAUGCGCCGGAGACCGCAGCCAAAGGCGACGCGCCGAUUGAUAAUGCCCUGGCUUCGGGUACCAAAUCUUCGAAAGAAGCUCCAUUCAUUAUGCCAGCCAUACAUGGUGAUGCGUCUGUAUCAUGGUAUGACCUACCUGCAGCAAACUGGCUACCCGUCAUUGAACCCAACUCAACAAGGCCAAUGAAUCCGGAAAUGAUCAAGCCCUUACAGCUUACCGCAGGCCCCGCGGAGGAGAGCUUGAUCCGGGCCGUCCAGGAUUUGCUUGCCGAUGUAGACCGCAUUUACAAUAAAGAUCAUCGCGAAAUCGAUCGAUCCACCGAAGACAUCGAUCAAUUAGGACAACGGGUUGUGUUAGAUGAGAUUACUGGAAAUGUUAUCAACGGAGAGACAUAUUAUGGUUGGUCGCGCGCCUUCUGCGAAAAGAUGAAGCAGCGUCGCAAGAAAGCCAGCAGCUCUGGAAACGGGCACCGUGGGCGUAGUUUGUCACGAUCACGUUCAGAUUCACGAAGUUCCUCCCGUGGCUCGUCGCGACCUGCUUUUAAGCGACGGCGGGUAUCCAGCUCUCGUAGCGAGAGCAGAAGUAGGAGUCGAACUCGAAGUCGGAGCCCCCGGCGAAGUUACAGCAGAGAGCGGCGCCGACAGAGGUCAUACAGCAGGUCAAGGUCACGUUCACCUUCAAGGGAUCGGAGGUAUAACCAGUCGCGCCCCCAAUCUCAAGGUCGGAGUCCACCGCCUCCGCGAUCUUAUGAUCCUCCGUACUACGCCGGCUCAAACGGAAAGCAGCAGUCCGGAUUUCCAAAUCAACCACCACACCUAAACCCAAAUCCACCAUAUCAACACCAGGCGCCGCCUUUCCCUCAGUCCUUCCCACCACUGCCUAUGGACCAAAAUCCGUACGCGGUACCACCACCUCCGCCCCCACCGCAGAAUUACCAAGGACAAUGGCCACCGCCUCCCCCGCCCCCAGUCACUGGCAUGCCACCUAAUAUGCCACCGAACUGGCUUCAAAACAUGGCUAUAGGUGGGUGGUCAUCGCAUCCAUCUCCCAUGCCUCCCGGAGGACCUCCACAGCAGCAAGGAAACGGCUUCCAGCAGUACGGCCGAGGCGGAAGGGGUGAUUAUCGCGGACAGGGGUAUCGUGGGGGAUGGGAUCAUAGGGGGCGUGGUUGGUGA